AUGUACCACUACCAUACCACCACAGCCCCACCCAUCACCCAUCACCCACAGUCCAACACAGAAAAAAGAGACACGGAUCGAGAUCCGAUAAGCGAGCAGGACAAGGCCUGCUUGCACGAGAUCCGGGAGCUGUCCUACGACAUCGACGACGACCUCGACGACUUCAUGGAGGCUACCGUCUGCGAAAAAUCCGCCGAUCUGGCCGGACUCUUGGACAAGAUGAAGGCCAUGCUGGGCCGGACCAAGGCUCGUCACCAGAUCGCCAAGGCCGUCGAUGAUCUCAAGGAACAGGUGGUCCAGGUCGCCGAGAGGCACAACCACAAGAGGUCCAAGGUUGAUCCCAGGGCUCCAGCCAUCGUCGACGACGCGUCCAAGCUCGUCGGCCUUGACGGGCCCAAACAAGAGCUCAUCCAACUACUACUGGCCGGUUCUGCUUCUGAGUCAACGCAACAGCAACCACACCCAGAGGGUCAGUAG